AUGAUGUUCUUCUUAUUCGUGAUCAUUCCUUCCCUCACACUGAAUUCCGUACUCGCCUCUCCAGUUCUUCUUUGGAGUAAUGCAAAUCUUCCUCAAUCGUCUGUUUCUCUUUCGACUGUUCCUUCGAUUGAUAUCAUUUCCAACUAUAUUUGUCAACUUUCCAAUGAACAAAUUCAAGUUCGUUUAUUUGCAGUUAAUGAUUUAACUAAUGAAGAUAUUCAACGGGGUUUACAAAGUCAACAUUCAGUUUUAGUCAAUGCUAGAAAAGCAUCAAAUGGAUAUCGAUAUUUUCCAAACGUUGCCGAUGAUGCCUAUAAAACCUUUUCAUUACUUCCUCAAUCGAACAAUAUGAAAUGUGCGCACAUUCAUUUUCAACAAGUUCAAUCGACAACCUACGGAACAUUACACGAUGCGUUGAAUGCAAUUCAAGCGUCGGUCGACACUGUUGGAGCAGAUUCUAAAGAAACUGUAGUUUUGGCCUUGACUGGAACUCCAGUCGUCGCUCGUCAACGUUCGGCUCGUUUACGUCGCGAUAUCGCAGUUGAUGAAGUAGAUGUGCUUACCUCCGAUGACGAAACUUGCAUGUUUUAUGCCAAUAAAUUAUGCUGGGGAGAUGCAUAUGCUUGUGAUAAUUCCGAUGGAAAUUUCACUCUCGAUAUAGACGCUAGUUCAUGUACGAAGUCUGAAAACGGAACUUCAGCUGUUCUCGAACUACAUUGGAAUAACGGAACAAGUGAUACAGUCGUAAUGACUUUGAUUGCCAAUAUUACCGGUCGAUAUUGGUAUUUGGAAAAAGCAAUUAUCAACGAUACUGAAUAUCGUUAUUUUGCCUACGGCAUGCACAGUAAAAUGGACACUCCGCCUGCAUACUCCUAUGUGUGUAAAACAGCUACUUUCAUCAAAUAUGAUCCAAAUACGAAAUAUGGCACAUACGAUUUUACUGAUAGAUUCUAUUUGGCGAACUUACAGUUUCAACCAUUUCAUGGCAAUGGUACAUUCUUUGGUCCGCCAAAUUAUUGUACUUCGUUCUUCACCAGCGGUAUUUGGAUGGGUAUUACCUCCAGUUUACUGUGUUUAGGAAUUCUUUUAUUCGGUGUCUAUCGCAUGAUGAGUAUUAAAUCGAACGAUCAAUUCGAUGAUCCAAAAGGCAAACCGUUAAUAAUCAAAGCCCAAGAAUAA